AUGAAAGGCUUCGCGACAGCGGCGGCGUUGUCGCUCGUCCUGGUGGGCACUCCUGUCGUUGGUCUGGAUAUCAAAAUCGAAGAUGAAGCCUCCUUGAAGAGCGCGGCCGGGACGAUUGCCUACGGUCUAAUGAAGUACUACAGCGGAAAUAAUACGGGCGAUACCCCGGGAAACUUGCCAGAUCCAUACUAUUGGUGGGAGGCGGGGGCUAUGUUUGGCACCAUCAUCGACUACUGGCAUCUCACGGGGGAUAGCUCUUACAAUGAUGCUACGAUGCAGGCAAUGUUACACCAAGCUGGGGACACCAAGGACUUUAUGCCCAAGAAUCAGACGAGAACCGAAGGCAACGACGAUCAAGGCUUUUGGGCCAUGGCGGCCAUGUCUGCCGCCGAGAAUAAAUUCCCCGAUCCUCCGAGCGAUCAAGCCCAGUGGCUCGCCCUGGCGCAGGCCGUAUUCAACCAGUAUGUUUUGCGAUGGGAUCCAGCUGACUGCAAGGGUGGCAUGAGGUGGCAAAUCUUUCAGUUCAACAAUGGCUGGAACUACAAAAAUUCCAUCUCGAACGGAUGCUUUUUCAAUAUAGCGGCUCGACUGCAUCGUUAUACAGGUAACAGCACCUACGGCGACUGGGCCACCAAGGUUUUUGAGUGGCAACAAUCCAUCAACUUGAUCACUAGUGACUACGGCGUACACGACGGUAUCAGUAUCGACCCGGACGGGACUUGUACAAGAAUCGACAUGCUAGAGUGGUCCUACAACUCGGGUAUUUACCUUCAUGGCGCCGCUGCCAUGUACAACGCCACGUCAGAUGACAAGUGGAAGAAGGCAGUUGACGGUAUCUUGAAGCAUGCCUCUGAAAAGUUUUUCAAGGACGGUGUGGCCUACGAACAGUUCUGCGAGUUCAACAAGUUGUGCAACAACGACCAACAAAGUUUCAAGGGCUACCUCCUUCGAUGGCUCGCGGGCACGGCCCAAUUGGCCCCGUACACCUAUAACACCAUCAAACCAUUCCUUCAAAAGGCCGGCAUAGCCGCUGCGGCUGCCUGUACCGGGUCGACAGCGGCACCAAAUUUCAAGGGUCAGCCGGGAACUGCCUGCGGCUUCAGCUGGAUUCCACAGGGCAAGUUUGAUGGAAUCGUUGGUGUUGGUGAGCAGAUGAAUGCUUUGGACGCAGUCAUGUACAACCUCGUGCAAAAAUCGGCGCCGCCAGUGACACAGAAGAAUGGCGGUACAUCCAAGGGCAACCCAUCGGCUGGUAGUGGUGGCACGGAAGAUCCGACGGUGCUUAAGCCUCUGACUACGGUAGACAAGGUCGGGGCGGGUAUCGUCACGAUGCUGUUCAUUGUAGGUGCCGUCGGCGGAACUGCGUUUAUGCUUCUGGAAUUUAGAUGA